GGGGCGAGGGAAGCGGGCUGAGGGAGAUCCGCUUCCCCCGGGCAGUGCUCUUGGCCGCUGGCCGGCCGCCUAUCCCCGGGGCGGAGGGUCUGCGCUGGGAGAUGGCCACGGGGCCGGAGACGCGCUGCCGGUUUCUGCAGCUGCCUAGGCGGGCUCCGCUGGAGUCCCGGCCUGGUCCCUGUGAUGCUGUCGCAUAUGGAGGCCUAUCGGCCGCUCCGGAUGGUCCUCAUCGCCCGUGAGCCUGGAUAUCCGCCCCGGUGCCCCGUCCUGUCCCCUCCCGCCCCGGUGCCGCGGGGAGGCCGGGCUUGUUCUCCGCAGGAUCGGAUCACAAACGGCCUCUGGCGGGACUGGGGCGCACCUGGCAUGGGGGGAGCGACCCCUCCCGGGCCCCGUUGGCCUCUGGAUGGAGGAUACCGGCGAACGUGCGGGCUGGUGCUGGAGGCGCCCGGGUCGUGCCCCGCUUGGAGGCGGAAGGUGCUGUGUUUUCUAGGCUUGUGAUGCGUCGUGAGUGGCCCUAAUCAGGCUGCGGAGUGCGGGGAUGCUGACCGAGGUCUUGAGUUUGUGGGACCGCUCGCUGGCUCAGGCUCGACACCUGCUGGCUUCUCCUAAAUAGUAGCGCCUCGCCGAAGCCUUCCGUGCAACGGGCCUGUCUGCAGAUUUCACUCAGAUUGGUGCUCCAGUGAAACUAAAUCUCCUAGUUGAUAAACUUCUUGCUUUGACUGUUAGAUCCAUUUUUUUGCCAGCAGCUGAGAUAGGGAAUCGCUUACCGACUUACCAGUUUUUUUCUAAUGAAAUUCAUAAACAUUGUUCACCCACUUUAGUUUAUUUAGUUUCAGUUAAUGCCAUCCUCUGGCAUAUGCUGGAUUUUCUUCAGUCGUCCUUCCCAGACCAUGAAUUUGAUUGCAUGAGAUCUGGGGAUGGGAAAUUAUACAGUGAUAAGUAAGCAUCAGUGUUACGGAGACCUAGUUUUAUGAAAUGUUUGAUUCUUUUUGAUUGGUAGUGAAAGGGAGUAUGGUAUGAGGUUUUGCUAGGUGAUGAACUGAAAGUAUAGUCCUAGUCUUGUGUACUUCUUAUUGAUGCUUUUUUGAAGGUAUUAUUUAAUGAAGCCUCUGUGCUUUGAAUUGGUGAGUACGUAGAGCUUUCCCAAAAGCCUUACCCAUUUAUCUAAACAUUCGUUCUUCUUUGAAGGCCUCAUUCUACUGCUGAUUUGGACUUACAUGUGUUUAAAAAAACCCUUUAAACUACAUUUCACUUCCUUGGGUUAUUCAUUUAAGCCAUCUAAUGAGUUGUCUACAUUUGUUACCAUCUCUUGUUUGGAUGAACAGCUAGCAAAAAUUUAUUAGAUUAACUUGCAUUUCUAUCUGUGGAGCAGCUGAACAUUGAUUUUAUUUUAUGUGGCGAUCUGAAAUUAACUUGUCUGGUUUAAGCACGAGAAGUUGUAUAUUGUGUCCAUGGUGUAUGAUGGGAAAACUUGGCAGUUGUCAUCACAGGAGUACUGAGCAUACCUGGUUCUGGGUUGACGACAAAAAUAUUGGGAAAUGAUUUUUGGUCAUAGGAACACAGAAAGGUGCUAGAAAACUGCUGAAAUACUACAUCAGAAUGCUACAUGAAUUAGUGGGCAAAUGGAUUUGACUUUUCAAGAAACGAAGGCUCUUUCAGAGAAUUCUCUCUCCCAUUGAAUUCUUUCUUUGCACGUUGGCACUGCUGUUUCAACUAUUGAGAAGAUAGCAUAUACAGAUGUGAGGAGCUAUUUAUCUACAAGUGCAAUUAUCAAACAUUCGGUCUUUCUAGCUUACAGACUUGUCUAUGGAAAGGAAGUAUUCAGACAGUUUAGAAGUAAAAUAAGGUCUUUCAAUUACAGAAAUUUGGGCUCUUUUUGUGCUAAUACAGGUGAAGUGUGAUCAGCUUUUGUGAUUAGUAGAUGUAAGUUGAUCAGAAAUCUGAAAAAUUUAGAGUGGUCAGUAUGGUAUCUUAUAUUGGUGAUAAACUAGGGCUUUCUGUAUAAUGUGGUAGCAUUCUUAACUACUUGUCGGUAGCAACUUGUUAAAAAAAGAAUAAUAAUUUGGUAGUAAUUCAGUGCAUGGGUUUGUCUUGUUUCUGUAAUAUAGCUGUGCUAUGUAAUCCUGUAGCUUGUCAGAGCACAUUCAGUGGUUCUUGGUUGCAUAUUUGGAAUGCAGCAAGCACUUGCGAGGAGAAAACCUUGCAAAUGAGAUUUGUUUGUAAAUUCAUGUACUCAUUGAAAUCUGUGUGGAAUUUUUGGCUCUUUCAUAUGAUUGUCUAUCUUCAGUGCAAUAUUGGACUGGUGUUGAUUAGCAUGUUUUGUCGUGCACGUCAAAAGCAGGUGGAUUUCAGAAGACUUGGACAUGUAAUCUUGAGCUGGAUUUAUACACCUUUCAAGGACUGAAGUAACAGAGGGUUUUCCCUCUACCUUAUUGGCAGUUCUGUUGCAUUUCAACAGUUCGGUGUGGCACAUUUGAUGACCAGUUAAUCUCAGCAUGUUUACAUCAUUUGCAGACGUCACCCUUAACAUUUGAAUUUUCUUUCCUACAUCUAAAACGGAUUCAGAGACAGAGAUGCAAUGCAUAGCAGUGUGCCGAAGUACAAUAUGUCUCGCUUAUAUUUCUCUUGGAACAAGGAAGGAAUUCUCCAUAGUACUCAAAAUUGUGGUUUCAUUACAGUGCUUGGCUGUUAAUGUUAUCCAUUGAUAUGGACAUGCCACAGUAACAUGGCGCAAUAUGUAAAACAAAAUUCAAAUAUCAGCCAUUAAUUAUGUUUCAUUUUCUUUCCACAGUUAAGUUGAUUUUACAGAAUUUAUCAGGUCUUCCAAGCAAAAACAGGUAAGCUGCCUAAAGCUUAAUGCUUAUCACUGAAUAUUGUCAAAGAUCACGCACGGCCUUUUCACGCAUACUUAUGACUGGGAAUUAGGACGUACUCUCCUGAGUGCAUGUGGCUGCUGCAGUUAGCAUCCUGACUACCUGAAGGAGGCAACGUUGUUGAACACUGAAUAAACGUUCCCAUUGGUGAUUUUUGCUGUGGGUUGAGCUCAGAAUGGCUGUAGUCAUCCGUUUACAGGGGCUUCCUGUUGUUGCGGGUCCUGCAGAUAUUCGCCGUUUCUUCUCGGGAUUGAAUAUUCCUGAUGGAGGAGUGCAUAUUAUUGGAGGAGAAACUGGGGAGGCUUUUAUUAUAUUUGCAACAGAUGAAGAUGCACGACGUGCCAUGAGCUGUUCAGGAGAGCUUAUCAAAGACUCCCCCAUAGAGCUCUUUCUCAGCAGCAAGACUGAAAUGCAAAAUACAAUAGAAAUGAGCCGGAAAAGAUUUGAUCGUGGGGGAAGAGAACCAAUGUCUGGGUCUAGACGAACAGGUGGUAGUAAUUCUGGUGCAUCAGGUGUUGGGAACCUUUCAAACUUAGUUGCAGCUAUUACAAAAGGAAUAAAUAAAUCUGGUUAUGUACCAGAGUCUGGCUUUCAUACCAAUGGCACAAGACAUGGUGAUCCAAGUAUACCUAAAUCAAACUAUAAUCAGUCAAGAAAGGAGUCAGUGAGUUCAGAUGAUGUUUAUUUAUUUCUACAUGGCAUACCGUACUCUGCAACAGAAGAUGAAGUACGUGCUUUCUUUUCUGGAUUACGAGUAGAGGGAGUGAUCUUUAUAAAACGUCGCAAUGGCCUAAAUAAUGGUGAUGGUUUGGUAAAAUUUGCUACACCUCAUGGUGCCUUAGAAGGACUUAAACGUCAUAGACAAUACAUGGGUCCAAGAUUUAUAGAAAUAAGUCCAGCUACUGAAGAACAAUGGAUUGAAUAUGGUGGCAGGGUAGACAUGAAGAAUGAGAUUGCUCGUUACUUAAGCAAAGAGCGUUCUCCAACAAGAGGUUCAAACUAUACUCAUUCAAGAAAACAUUCUCAUUCAAGAUCUCCUCCAAGGAGACAAAGAACACGCUCUCGUUCACCUCGUGGCCAGGAAUUUUACUUACACUUAAGAAAUCUACCUACCUAUCUUGAGAAGAAAGAUCUGAGAACUUUCUUUGGAAAGCUGGAUGUGUCUAAUAACCAAAUCAAGUUUUUACUGGACAAGCAUCAAAGGAAGACAAGAAAUGCAUUUUUGAUGCUGAAGAAUCAGAGAGAUUUUGAUAUUGCUCUGGAACAUCACAGGAUGUCUCUCUUCAAUCGUCCUGUUUACAUUUUUCCUAUUUCUAGAAAAUCUAUGUUGAAACUAAUUGAGACAUAUGAGAAGAAGAGCUCACAAGAAAGAGAGCGGCCUGGACAGGCUGUAUCGGAAAAAAGUUAUCGGGAGGGGCAUUCUGGCCCAAAAAUGUGCAUAUAUAUAAGAAACUUUCCAUUUGAUGUGACAAAAGUUGAAGUACAAAAGUUCUUUGCAGGAUUUGCUAUUGAUGAAGAUGAUGUCUACUUGCUUUAUGAUGACAAAGGAGUUGGGCUGGGAGAAGCAUUGGUAAAAUUUAAAUCUGAAGAGCAGGCAAUGAAAGCAGAAAGUUUAAAUCGUCGAAGGUUCUUGGGAACAGAGGUACUAUUAAGACUUAUAUCUGAAGAACAGAUGCAGGAGUUUGGUUUAAAUGUUCUGCCAUCAGCAACAAGUGGAAAAAUGCAGGUUCAUUCACAGGCAUAUGACAGAGGUGAGCAUUCCCGUCCAGCUGCUUCACCACCUGGACAACCACAAGGAUUACCUAUGCACUCAUUUGGUCCUCCUGGGAGCUUUAGGCAUCCUUCUGAUGUUAGACGACCUCCUGAGGAUUAUCGAGGUCCUCCACCUUUUAUGGAUUUUGGUGGUGAUGGCGAACCUUUUGGUAGGAUGGAGUAUGGAAACAAUAACAUGGGAGGCUUUUCUGAGGGAAGAUUUAUGUCCGAUCCAAAUUUCAGUGGUGGUUCUGAUCGUGUAACUCCUAUUAGAUUAAAGAACUUGCCAUUUAGAGCCACUCCUAAUGAAAUUUUGGAUUUUUUCUAUGGCUAUGGUGUCAUUCCAGAGUCUGUUUCUAUACAGUGUAACGAACAUGGACUACCUUCAGGUGAUGCCAUUGUUGCUAUGACAAAUUAUGAGGAAGCAAUGGCUGCUAUUAAUGAGCUAAAUGAUAGACCAAUUGGCCCACGCAAAGUUAAGCUAAGCUUGCUUUAAAGAGAGAAAAUGUUUCUCAGAUUAAAAAUUCUAGACAUCACAGUAUUGAUGCAGUAAGAUGGAUUCUUAUUUACAAGUUUUGUUACUGGAAGAUGCAGAAGAAACAGUUUCCAUAAACAGAGGAAGUUGUAAAUAGUGUCAUGUUUAGUUAUUUUGUAUUGGUUCAAAUUGACAUCUGUAAGGUUUUUUUAGAAGACAUCUUAGAAGUGUAUUAUGCUUAUUUUUAUUUUUAUGGCCGACGGAGAGCUCAGUAAUCCUAAUGGAUUGUCUGUUGACUUGUAAGGUGCAUAUCUUGAUAUUAAGACAUACAAACAUGGAGUUGUAAUGCAUUUGGGGGUUUUUAGUUUUGCUUUCAUUCCAUGGUUCCAUGAUUCUUUGCAUCAUUUGAAAAUGUAAAACUGCUGGUUGACUUGGUUGUACAGACUGGUCAAAGAGAACAAUUUCAGUGCCACCUUCAUUAGUAAAUAUCCUUGGAGCUAUAGUCAACCCUAUAUAUUUAGAAUAGGUAAACUGUAAACAUGAGUGAAUUUCUUAUGUGUAAACUGUUUAGUCUUGUUCAGUUUCACGUGGUCGCAGGCAUCUCAAGUUAUUCUCAUAAAAUUAGUUUCCUGUUCAUGUUAGCUGGCUGUGCAACUUCUAAAAAAAAAAAAUAAAAGGAUUUACAGCUAUGUGGA